CGGCAGCGCGCGGAGCGGCGGCCACAAGAUGUCGGCCGUGCUGGUGCUCGCCGCCUGGUGCUUCCUGCAAGCCGAGAGCCGGCGCGCCGAGAGCCUCGCCGGUGCCGGCAGCCGCGGCGAUUUCCUCGACAACGACAAAUGGCUGAGCACCGUCUCGCAGUACGACAGGGACAAGUACUGGAACAAAUUCCGGGAUGAAGUUGAGGAUGAUUAUUUCAGAAACUGGAAUCCAAACAAGCCUUUUGAUCAAGCCCUUGAUCCAUCCAAAGAUCCAUGCCUGAAGGUGAAGUGCAGCCCACAUAAGGUGUGUGUCACUCACGACUACGAAACGGCCAUUUGUAUAAGCCGCAAGCAGCUGGUACACAGCCUCCGGCAAAAGAAGGGGAAUGUGGCUCCGAAGCCGUGGGCUGGCGCAGCAAACCUGGCGAGGUGCAAGCCGUGCCCCGGCACACACGCCAGUGCCGUCUGCGGGUCGGAUGGACACACGUACACCAGCAAGUGCAAGUUGGAGUUUCACGCAUGUACCUCCGGCAAAGCUCUCACAGCCCGGUGCGAAGGGCCCUGCCCCUGCCUCCCGGCACCUGAAAAUCCAAAGCACAAGACGGAGAAGGCUGCUUGCACGGACAAGGAGCUGCGGAGUCUCGCCUCGCGGCUAAAGGACUGGUUCGGCGCCCUGCACGAGGACGCCAACCGCGUCAUCAAGCCAACGAGCUCGGAGACGGCGCAAGGCAGGUUUGACACCAGCAUCCUGCCCAUCUGUAAGGAUUCCUUAGGCUGGAUGUUCAACAAACUGGACAUGAACUACGACCUGCUGCUGGAUCCCUCGGAGAUCAGCGCCAUUUACCUGGAUAAGUAUGAGCCCUGCGUCAAGCCCCUCUUCAACUCCUGCGACUCCUUCAAAGACGGGAAGCUCUCUAACAACGAGUGGUGCUACUGCUUUCAGAAGCCCGCCGGUCUUCCCUGCCAGAAUGAAAUGAAUAGAAUUCAAAAGCUAAGUCGAGGGAAGAGUCUGCUGGGUGCCUUCAUCCCCCGCUGCAACGAGGAAGGUUAUUACAAAGCGACCCAGUGCCACGGCAGCACGGGGCAGUGCUGGUGCGUGGAUAAGUACGGGAACGAGCUCGCCGGCUCCAGAAAACAAGGGGCCGUGAGUUGUGAAGAAGAGCAAGAAACCUCAGGAGAUUUUGGCAGCGGUGGAUCUGUUGUCUUGCUGGAUGAUUUGGAAGAAGAACCUGAAGCAGCAAAAAAGGACAAAGAAGGGAAACUGAAGAUUCAUGUAAGAGCAGCUAAUGAAGAUGAUGAAGAUGAGGAUGAUGACAAGGAUGAUGAAAUUGGGUAUAUAUGGUAGUGCCCACCACUCUGAGGACUCACGUUUUGCACAAUAUUGCAAGUCACAUCAUAUCUCUGCAAUUGUAUCUGAGAGUACCUGGCACAAAUAUCCCCUCUCUUCUAAGUUUGGUUCUUCAUAGUGUAUUUAAUUUUGAAGACAGAUUUUUUUUCUUUUUGUCUUGGUUUUGUUUUCCAACCGGGACUGAUUGGAAUUCAGGUUUUGUUUAGUUGGUUUGGGGGAUUUUUGCUCUAUCCACAGGGGCGAUGAGUUUAGUUUCACCAACACUUUACAUCUCAGUCCUCUCCUGCACAGCUCGCGCCCUGCGAAGGACAAAGCUCAAACAGGACCCAGCAAACCAGGGGGAGGCUUCAGAGCCCACCCCAUGUAAAGAGCCUUAGACAACUUGUGUCACAAAUGCUUAACUGGAUUGUAUCAGAAACAGGUAUUUUUUCUUUCUUGCAGAAGAAAGGUGCCUCCUUUUGUUGCCUACCUGUUACCAGUUAGUAAAAAGUCAGAGGUUUAAAACUUGAUCAGGUGAGCUGCAGAGCUCCUGUCCCAUGGCCAGACAAUGUUACCCAUCCAUCUUCCAAGGGUCUCCAGUUUGCAAAUCUGCAGAGCAAUUUGCAAAGCUAUAGAGUGGUUCACAAAGCUGCAGCAGCACCAUGAACUACAGGGACACUGUGCCAAGCUGCCACCUGGCCCUUGUCCCCCUCUUCUGAAGCUAGGGCACAGGCGCUGCUUUAUUUUAAACAGCUAAAAUUAUUUGAUCCUUGUUUUUAAAAGAUUGAGGUAGUCAUAUUUCAAAAGUGGGGCAUCUCUUGCUCACUAUAAACAAGUGCCACACUUCCAAUAGCAACCCAUAAAAGAGAAGAAUAAGAUUAAAAUCCAAUCUGGCUCCCUCAGAAUCUCCCCUAUGUCCCUAACUCUACAACAGCGUCCCAGCGUGAUGGCACAGAAUUAUUUGUGAUGUCCUUUGCCCUUGUAGCUCACCAAUGCAGGAAGGUACCGUGGAACCUGUGGGUAUUUUUGCAAAUGAGGGCCCAUGCAAAUCCCACAUCACUUGGGAAGAGAUGCUUUCCAGGGACCUUGGAGCCGUGACUCCAGACAUGAUGCAAAAAGCAGGGCAGAGAUGGGAAUGUGACCUCGCAUGCUAUGGGUGGCAGGGGCUCACCCGCUUUCUCCUUGUCUGGAUUAAAAUCCAGAAGCAACACCCAAGCCUGCGUAACUGUUAAUGCAGAAGGAUGGCUAAAAUCAUGAGGAUUUUUUUUCUGUGCUGUUUUGCACUUCCCCAAAAAGCUGCCCUCACACUCACUAGUAAAAGGCUGGUAACCUGCUCUGCUUUGGAGCGAGUCUCUUUGGUUUCCCUCCAGCUUUGAAAAAGCUAUUAAAAAAAAAAAAAAUCACUGUGAGCUAUGGGGCCCAGUCUUUUCCUAAUUACUUUUCACAGAAAAUUAUGCUGAUUUGCAAAAGGAACACGCACAACUGGCAUUUCUGUGCUAAAUAGUAUUGAGGGGCACAAACACCAUCUAGGGCACAUUUUGCAGAGCCCCCCCCCUAAAUCUUCUUGCUUCUCACCUGACAUCACUGGUUUCAUCCUAGUAAUUAAACCUACGGGUUUAAUCUGGGUCUGUCGCUGUGGUUUUAAGCAGUACUCACCCCCAUGCAGACAUCCACACACCCUGAAACCAGGAGGCCCAUCAGCUGAGCCAGGUCCAACCCCAGCAGAGAUUACAGGGACAAGAAACGUGUUGGUCCACCUGGAUGCAGAGCUCCUCCAGAUCAAUCCCCUCCUUUCCUCAUGUUUCUGCUGGGAGCCUUGUAAAGCGUUUAAUUUGCUUCCCACUUAAUUUAAUGCCUGCCUUUUUUGUUUUGUUUUGCAAAAACAACACUUCCCAUCUGCACUGAACCACCGACCUUCCAAAUAAUUUCUCAUUGUGUAAAAAAGGGAAACAGAGCUGUCCUGUUCUUUUAGAGCCACAAACCAAUUUUUAAUCUCAUUUUCCUUUCAUAUGAGAGGCUAGGAAAUACUACUUGGCAUUACUUUACGUUUCAUGAUGUCCUUUUAACUGCUGUGGUUAAAUCAAAAUCUCCCUGAGUUCAGAUUCCAGCACAGUUGGGUUUUUUGGGGUCAUUAAUGGCCUUUGCUGUGAACACAAAGAAUAUUUCUUUCCUUUGCCUUUUUUUUUUUUUUUUUUUUUAAGCUAUUCUGGACCAUUCUUUUAAGCCAUUGGAAGUGUUUAUUUAAUAUUUAUUCUACAGUUUAUAUUGAAGAUGUAAAGUUUAUAUUUAAAACAACACUGUUUGUUAGUGAAUGCUUCUCUCUCUGCCUCGCCAGCCUAGUCCGUAGUCUCAGUGUACAUUUCUGGCAUGGGAAUAUUUUGAUAUUAGAAGUUUUGUAGCAUUUUUCCCCCCCCUUCAGCAGCCAACGACAUAGCUCUAAGGUCACCCCUUGCUCGGGACCACCAGAUUACAAAGCUUCUCACCCUCCAUUCGUUGCCUUUUCUCGCCGUCCCUUCGUACGCCACUCGAGCUCCUUAAGACACCGACCGCUUUGUACAGUUCCUAUACAUCCAAAAAAAAAAGUCCUUUCUACCGCAGGUGGUUUUUGGUCUUUUUAUACUUUUCUCAAUGCUGUUGAUGUCCGGUCCUGUUAAAUGUGUAGAGCUGUACGGAGAGAUCCAAAUAUUCCGUGUUUCAGUUGGAUGUCCCUACUGUAGCUGGAUGUAGACUGUCAUAGUAAGUAGCCCUGCAUAGCAAAUCCUGAAUGCUUUUUCCAUAAGGACUUAACUGGAAUGUGAACAUUUUGCUA